AUGAGCACGGAAACCCGAGUCGUUCAAGUGUUAGACUUUUACUCCAGUGGUCAGUGGUUCGAGCGCAGGAACAAAUCACCAGAACCAGAAGUAGUAAACCGAUCACCGCACACCAGGAACAAAUCACCAGAACCAGAAGUAGUAAACCGAUCACCGCACACCAGGAACAAAUCACCAGAACCAGAAGUAGUAAACGGAUCACCGCACACCAGGAACAAAUCACCAGAACCAGAAGUAGUAAACCGAUCACCGCACACCAGGAACAAAUCACCAAAACCAGAAGUAGUAAACCGAUCACCGCACACCAGGAACAAAUCACCAGAACCAGAAGUAGUAAACAGAUCACCGCACACCAGGAACAAAUCACCAGAACCAGAAGUAGUAAACCGAUCACCGCACACCAGGAAUCAAUCACCAGAUCCAGAAGUAGUAAACCGAUCACCGCACACCAGGAACAAAUCACCAGAACCAGAAGAAGUAAACCGAUCACCGCACACCAGGAACAAAUCACCAGAACCAGAAGUAGUAAACCGAUCACCGCACACCAGGAACAAAUCACCAGAACCAGAAGUAGUAAACCGAUCACCGCACACCAGGAACAAAUCACCAGAACCAGAAGUAGUAAACCGAUCACCGCACACCAGGAACAAAUCACCAGAACCAGAAGUAGUAAACCGAUCACCGCACACCAGGAACAAAUCACCAAACCAGAAGUAG